AUAAUUCUGCGCAAGGAGUUGCGUUUUUAUUUAAUUUAAUUGAAAUUUAAUCGUAAGGCAAGGAGUUAAAAAGGGUCAAAGGAAAAUAUAAGGUAGUGGGGGUUCGAGCGAACUUUUUUCAGAGGUUUUGAGCGAACAUAUCACAUGUAAUAUCCAACCGCGGUUGAAUCAAGAUCGCUUCAAAAACCGAUGAUAUAUUUUUUACCUAAGUAAGCUUUAAAGAUGACAUCGUCAUACGGUCAAACGUAUCAAGAGGAAAUGUUGUCUAUGGUAGAAGAGCCUAAUUAUUAUAAUCAACUGGGCGAGAUUGCUUCAUUUUAUUCUGGAAAAAAAAUCUUUAUCACAGGAGGCUUAGGGUUUUUAGGAAGGCUUAUAGUGGAAAAGCUUUUAAGAUGCUGUCCAGAAAUAACUAUGGUUUAUUUAUUGAUAAGACCUAAGAAUCAGAAGGAUAUGUUGACUCGAUUCAAAGAGUAUUUCAAUAAUGUUGUUUUCGAUAGAUUGAAGAGAGAACAGAAAGAUGCCGAAAAAAAGAUUGUUCUAAUAAAAGGAAACAUGGAUGAAUUGAAUUUAGGAUUAUCAGAGGAAGAUCGUGAACGUAUUAAAGACACAAAUGUGAUUAUUCACAGUGCAGCAUCCGUGCGUUUUGUGGAUAACAUUCGUUCAUUAGUUAAUACAAAUAUUAAGGGAACGAAGAAUCUUCUCUUGUUAGCACAGGAGAUGCCAAAUUUGAAGGCUUUCGUACAUGUAUCAACGGCAUAUUCGCAAUGCAUAAAUAAAAAUAUCGAAGAAAAAUUUUACAAACCACCAUUAAAGACGGAAGACAUAAUCAAUUUGACAGAGAUUUUGAAUGAGGAACAAUUGGACAUCAUUACUCCGAAUUUAAUUGGUAAAUGGCCUAACACUUACACAUAUACAAAGGCAAUCAGUGAAGAUACUGUACGGCAAUAUACCAAUGGAAUUCCAACUUGCAUUGUUCGGCCAUCCAUGAUCAUUUCAACGGAAAAAGAACCAAUUGCCGGUUGGAUAAACAAUCUUUAUGGAUUGAUGGGUUUUGCCGCUGGUAUUUACCUUGGUAUUAUACAUACGAUACAUGCUGAUAAGAACAUAUGUCUCGACAUUGUUCCCGCUGAUUAUGUUACUAACAAUAUUAUCGUGGCAGCAUGGGACUGCGCGCAAAGAGGAUCUGUACCACCGAGUAUCGUUGACUCCGAUAACUCUUCAUCGGAUGGCAAAGAAAUUCUAAUUUAUAAUAUGAUUUCGUCUGCUCAAAAAAGACGGUCUUUGAGUGAAUUAUCUUUAGGAUAUUUUAAAGUCGGUUUUAAAGUUCCGGUCAUGAAGACGUUAUCGUACUAUUUUUUAAUAUUCACCAAAAGCAAAUAUCUUUAUUAUUUUUAUGCAAUAAUUUUCCACUGGAUACCUGCAUUGUUUAUCGAUUCGCUAGCUUAUCUCACCGGAAGAAAACCAAUAUUGCUGAAUUUACACAAAAAAAUUUUUAAAUUCUGUCACGUAAUGACUUAUUUUACAACUCGUGAGUGGAAGUUUGCAAAUGAUAACGUUUUACAUUUAUGGGACAAACUAUCUGUGAGCGAUAAAUAUAAUUUCUUCUUUAAUAUUGCCGAUCUUGAUUGGGAUGCUUACAAUUAUGCUUAUAUCCGAGGGCUUAGAAUAUUCAUUCUCAAAGAUCCUAUGGAGACAAAAGAAAAAGCAUUGAUCCGUCUUAAAAAGUAA